CAUAGCUGAGCAGUUGAGCUUUUAGCCUCAGACUGAUAUGUAUGUAUCCGAUACAUACUGUAGUUACCUUAGUUUGCUGUUGUAUCCGUACUUUAAGCUAAUGGAGUUCCUAAGGUACGGAGUACGGAGUACCGAGUCUUUCGUUCCGUGGAGUAUCAACGCCGCCAUGUGCUAAUAUUAGGCUAUGUGGCUCUCACCAGUGAUUUCCUUUGCGACAAUUGACAGAUCUGUUCUUCCUAUACUACGGAGUACGAAUAUGAUGGAUAGUGCUUAAUCUAGCCGUCGCAGCAUUUUGUGAUAGCAUACAGACAAUGAUAGCACGUGAUCACGCCAAUUUGGGGGCUGGAUCAUGGAGGCAUUGAAUGUGAAUCCUCGCAUUCCACGAUCCUCCGGGGUUAUAUAAUUAAGGCGUAUCGCCCGUGUCAGAGUGAAACCCGCACUUACCCUCCUGAGGCGACCUUCCUCGAAGAAACCCAUCCAACCCGCUACAAUGGCGCCCCUCUCCAGCAUCGGCACGGGUGUUGUGGCCCUGAUUCAUGUUUACAUUACGAUUCUCGAGAUGGCCCUCUGGACGAAACCACGAGGGCGCAAGGCUUUUGGGCUGAGCGCCGAAUUCGCAGAAAAGACGAAAACCCUCGGUGCCAACCAGGGAUUAUACAACGGCUUUCUUGCUGCUGGUCUAAGCUGGAGCAUCAUCCACCCAAUCCCUGAAUUCUCAAAGCAGCUCCAGCACUUUUUCCUUGGCUGUGUUCUGGUCGCUGGGACAUAUGGGGCAGCUACAGCGAGCAGGAAGAUCCUGUUUGUCCAGGCCAUACCUGCCCUGGUGGUUUUGGGCUUUGUACAACUUGGCGUUUAAGUCCGUCGGCUCCUCCAUCAGGACAUAGAAGUAAGGUACAUAUCGACGGUUGCCUUUCUGGCUUCCGUAUCAAUUCCAACUUCUAUGUCCGUUCUCAGGAGUGCCUAGACUAGCAUUGGUGGGAACACGGCCAUCUGGAAGGCUGUGCGGUAUCACAUGAAGACGAGCUUCAUUUUGGUGAUCAUGACGCAAUGCUGAGAGAGGACCGGGGUUUCAAUGUUCUAGUGCAUAAGUAGCCAU